CAUCUCCGCCUCUUUUUAAGUGGAAACGACGAUGUUUUAACCAAUAGCCGCCCAAGCUCAGUGGGCGGCGACAGAAGACUUGAUGUAUUCGUGUUGCUUCCGUAGAUGAGCACGGAUCCUAACCAGAAACUUCGGUGUCUUUUGCCCGCCAACUAUGGAAGAGAAUCGGUGUGAGGUGAGGAAGAAACCCGUGCGAGUCAUAGCUGCGGUGAGCAAAAAUGGAGGCAUCGGGAAAGAUGGCCAACUACCUUGGAAUCUACCGUGUGAAUUCCAGUUUUUCAUGAACACCGUCACGCAGGUGUCAAAACCAGGCAAGAUCAACAUGCUGGUGUGGGGCAGACAUUCCUGGUACUCCAACCCUCAAACUUUGUUCCCAAUGGCGAACGUCGUUCAUGUGGUGCUGAGUGAAACCCUCAAGACAGUUCCAGAUCACGCACACUUCCUGUGUCGGGACCUGGAGAGCGCAGUCCUUUUGGCGGCACGGUGCCCACUUGCAGACGCCCUUGAGACCAUUUGGAUUGUCGGAGGCAGUCGGGUGUACAAGGAUGCACUGGAGCAUCGGUGGUGUGAUCUGGUUUACCUGACGGACAUCAUGGCUACUUUUGACUGCGACGUCUUCUUCCCAAAGUUGGAUGAAGAAGUCUUCAAGAAGCAGGAAAGAUUUGCUGGCGUGCCGAUGGGAAUCCAUGAGGAAAAUGGCAUCAAGUAUGAAUUCCAUGUAUUCAAGAAAGAAGAUGCACAUUGAAGAAAUGAAGACAAUGUUUGAAGUGAGGCCAUUUUAUUGUAAAAAGUACAUAUUACUGUCAUACUGCAUUCCAGUUUUCAUCCCAAAUGCUCAUUUUGGUAAGUUCUGAAAAUAAAUGUGUGCCCAGUAAUUAUAUAUUAGUGAAUUGAUUUAGUUCAUGCUAUAUAGAGUUUGAGUUUUGAGUUUAUUUCGAACAUGCAAGCAUACAACAUGAUACAUCACAAUUUCCAGUUUCUCUUUUCAACAUGUUCGAAAAGGAGUAGGAAGAAGCAGAGCUUAUUUAAUCCUACCCCUUUUCUUUUACAUAACAGUUGUUAACACUUUUGUUCACUUCCUGUUCUCAAUUUAUUCACAAUAUACUCCAUAAGUAAUCACAAUAAAAAUAAAUCAAUAAUACUUGAAGUAUGUUACAUUUCAUAUGGUGAGAUGAGUAAGAGUGGUGCUGAAAUUAAAACUGAUAAACUGAGGAGACCUUUUUAAAAGGUUGUUUAUGGUCAUAUUUGCACAAAAAAAAUCUACAAUUUGUUGUACUUGCAAUGUAAAAACUAAUGAAUAUGUGUAAUUUACAGAAUUUAAUAGCAAACUUUUAUUUUGACUUAAACAAAAAUAUUGUUUUUAAAUGAUUACAUACAGUAAAUAAUUCAAUGUAUAUACAUGAUGAUUAACUUGUGUGAUGACUGUAUUAUGCUGAUAGUAUAUAUUUGUACCAUGAAUUGAUUAACGUGGACCCCGACUUAAACAAGGUGAAAAACUUAUUCGGGUGUUACCAUUUAGUGGUCAAUUGUACGGAAUGUGUACUGUACUGUGCAAUCUACUAAUAAAAGUCUCAAUCAAUCAA